AUGACAAACUUCUUCAACUUUCAUAGGAAAUCAAUCUCGAGCUUGGGCAAAGCAACUUCCUGUCCCAGAGAUACUACUGAAUGGAGUGAAAAAAUAGAUUCUGAUGUAGAGGGAUUUGUUUGUGGGGACAAUGACAACAUGCUUAAGUCAAUUAAAAGUGCUCCAUCAGAUACAACCUCAUUCAACGCACAAGACAAUAGUUCUUCCAAAGGUCGUUCUUUAUCAUUCUCACAAGCUUCAACUGUUACUCCAAAUAAUUUAUCAUCAGAAUAUAUUUCUUCGGAAAUGAAGAAUACCAUCUCCCAUACCAUUCAUGAUGGUGCAAUCACUCUAAGUGGUAAUGUACCAAUACCAAAUCGCCCAAAUGAAAAGCAUCAUGGUUUUGGUAUCGUUGCCGAUACAGAUAAGCACUAUGAUCUUUAUGUAAGGGAAUUCCCGACUGAUAUCGUCAGUGAUAGAUUCUCUAAAUGGAAGAAAAUUUUAAAGAGCUUAAUGGCAUACUUUAAAGAAGUUGCUUAUGCUGAAGAACAAAUUGCGAGAGUUCAUCGUAAAAUGAGAACUGCCGUUCGUUUUGAUUUCAUCACUGAUUUAUCAGAAGGGACAAAUUUAGUUGUUGACCCAUUGUCAAAACAUGGUCCUGUUAGGUCUGCUUCAAUUCCAAAGACAAUCGCUGACCAGAACAAUGUAUACCAUCCCUUAGGUCCAUCUACACCAGCUAUUGGCUUGCCACAAGAGAUUUUUGCACAAUCUGGGUUUAUGGAAUUCGGCUCAGGGUCCAUUCAGGAUUUGCAAGUGGUAUUGAAGAAAUAUCAUGUAUCAGUUGGCCAUCAACAUGUUAGGGUCUCUAAGAAAAUUAUUGAUGAAAUUAUUCCACAAUUAGAACAUAUGAUUAGUGAAUUAGAUUCUAAGGCUUCUGGUAUUAAUAAACUAUCAAUCGAUUUUAAAAAUGAUUUAAAAAAUCAAGUUCAUGCAACAAAUCAUAUUUUAAAAAAAUACACUACUGCUGUAAACAUUUUAAGAGAAGAUUCACAAUCUAAAUCAAAAAAGGUUUUAUUGAAACCAAGAAAUGAUCCAUUUUUAUUGAAAUUGCAACUAGAGGUCCAGUUGAAAAAACAAUUAGUGGAAGAGAAUUAUUUAAAACAAGCUUAUGUGAAUCUUCAAUCUUCAGCAAUGGAGUUAGAAAAAAUUGUUUAUGGAAAUAUUCAACAAGUGAUGACCAAAUAUUCUGUCAUGAUUGAUACUGCUGGUAGAUUAGCUAUAAAGAAUUUAUGUCAUGAAUUACAACAAGGUAUGAAUUCCAAGCCCCCUGCAUUUGAAUGGGAUCAUUUUGUUACACAUCAUCCAAGCUGUUUAUUAGACUGGAAAUCUACAGAUCCAAUCCCAGCUCCAAGAAAAUGUUCUGAUGUCACUUUUCCUGAAAUGAAAUCUGUAACCUCUAAAUGUUUUAAAGCUGGUUAUCUUCAUUCUAAAGUUAAUGCUUCCAACACUUCUAAUAAAAAUUAUUUUGUUUUAACUACAAAUUAUUUACAUAAAUAUCCAGAUGGAGAAUGUUUUAAGUUGCAAGAGGUAAAGAUAGGUUCAAAACAGUUAUCUAAAUUGGUUCCUGCUGUAAGUAUUCCAUUAGAUGAUUGUAAAGUUGAAGAGAUUACAUCGAAUUCUUUUGUGGUAAUUGGUAAACCUGUUGUAGAUGAAAAUAGCCCUGUCUUAAAAUCAGUCUCUCCGUCUUCCAAAUUAGAAAAAGCAAAAAUUACAACAACAACAACAGAUUCAACCACCCAAGCCAAGCAAGUUUUGGAACCAGCAAAAUCGAUUGAUUCCGAUAAUAAUCACAUCUUAGGACCAAUUUUAUCCUUACAAACAAGUAAUGGUACUGCACUUAUGAAUACCAAGAAUUCCAAAAAUAUUGAUCCAACUCCAAGAAUUGAUAGACGCGUAGCUAAAGAUUUGGAAUUUCCAGAAGAUUUUAAACCUGGAAACGUUGUUCGUUGGACGUUUACUUUAACCGAUAAAACCAAUGCAAGUGAAUUUAAAGUGUGGUUACAUGAUUUAAAAAUUCUAACAAAAUUCAAGACAAGCAAAGAAAGAAUAUCAUAUCUGGAUCAGAGAGUUCAGAAGUCAGGUUCUACCAGUGAUGAUGCGACAGUCCUAGAGAAAGCCAGUACUUCAAAGGAGCCAUCUCCAAAGAAUACAACAUCGCCACCUACCACCACCACCAAAAGCACUAAUAAAAGCACUAAUAAAAGCACUGAUAAAAGUACUGAUAAAAGUACUGAUAAAAGCACUGAUAAAAGCACUGAUAAAAGUUCAAGUAAAGCUUCCAAAUCAAUUUUAAAAUCAAGCAAUAGUAAAACUAGUGCUAGUACCAAGAAUCAUAAAGAAGAUGAGAAACCAGAACGAAAUUCAUCAUUAUCUUCAACGUCUUCAAAAUCACCAUUAGAUGAAUCAACUUCUCCAACUACAACCAAGGCAGAACUUUCAAAACACCUAGCAAGCUCACUAUCAAGUUACACAUGGAAAGAGGAUCUAACAAAUCCACCACCAGUUAAAGAAGGAUCAUUAGAUACAAAUUCAAUUCCAUCGGAAUCUACAUUAGAACAAUACAGCUUAACACCAAGUUUAAGUGGCGGGCAAUACGAUCCUAAACCGGAUGAGCAGAUAAAAUUAGUUGAGGACGAGGAAAACAACAAAGGCAAUGAAACUUACACAGAUGAUAAUAUGCAUUUAAGAUUAGGACAUUCCAUAUACGAUUAG